CAUUUCUUGAAUAUUUGUUGGUCCAAUCACAGAGUUCAAGAUUCUCUUACCUGAACCGCUGUCGGCGGGCGAAAGCUAGCAGAUUUAACUUGAUUUAUAAUACCAAAAACUGAAAGUGUUUGUCAGGAAACCCACACCAGGAUCUGGUAUUUUUGGCUGGACUACAACAUCGUGGUCAUAGAGAUGUGAGUGUCUGUGAUUGAGUGAGUGAUGCAGUUACACCAGUGGUUGGCUGGCUUUUCUCAUCGGCCUUCACUCUGUCAAAAUGAUUUGGCGCCAAAAAGUUUUGUUUGUUUUUGUUCACCCGCUCCGAUACUCUCUGCUCCAGUGUCAGGUGUUUGCAGAGUUCACGUGCCUGUCGUGAGAACGUAUGCAGUUAAAGCGGAAACUCACUGUUCAAAUUACUGCCAGUCAUAUCACUGCCAGCAGCUAAUUUGUCUCUUUGCCUUUUGUAUUUAUAAAAAAUGAACAUGGUGCAUCGCUGGCCCGGGAUGCCAGAAUAGUCAGGGAUGAGCAGAAGGGAGAGUAUUUUAUAGGAACAUAAAUAAAACCUACUGAAGUAAGCAGAGGAGAACAGAGCGUGGGAACCCACAGGCAAUGGAUUCUGCUUCUACAGUGAUCACUUCCUAUCAGGUACAGAAUCCAAGGCUUCCUAACUUUAAUGUUUAUUUGACAUGCUUCUAUCACGAUUUCUCACAGUUCUGUUUUCAUAAAGGACACUAUAGACCUGUUUGCAGGGAUAACUUGUUACACGAGGGGAAGUUGAUCAGGUGAUCUGCAGCAUUGUCUGCUCCGGCUGUCUCAGUGCUUGUGAAAAGCACUGACCACAGCGGUGUCACUGUAGGGUCAGUAAUGUUUAAUCCAUCAAGUACUGCAAUAUGUCAUUUAGUUUCUGCAGAUUUAAUGUGAAUGGCUUUAAGUCGGCCCUGACACCAUUCAUUUUUGCUCAGGCUUUUCCUGCCAACAUGUGACGCCUGGAGCUCUAUACAGCUGCCAUAUUGGUCUGGGGGUACUUUACCUUCUGUAGGUAAAGUAUUUUGUAAGUAUAUAUUUUUUGUUGUACUGCAGGUAAAAUGGCUUCUGUGAUGUCAUUUUGAUUAUAGAUUUGGGAAUAAAUGCUAUGAACGUUAUGAUUUCCCUUUGAAAUGUUGUGGAGUGUAAGAAUAAAGUAACUUUUUUGUACUCCAUAUAGAUCAAAACACUUUGAAUUAAUUGAAAUUGGUUGAGAAAUGUAAACUUUAUAUGCUUUCUAUUUAGACAAACUGCAGCUCUGACACUGAGCUAUGAUCUAGCAACCAGUGCUGUAUCUAUGUGUGUAGAGCUAUAAGUUAAUCAUGCGAUAGGAUUUCAUAGUUUUACACACAGUGUACAGUCCAGAGUGCACUGUUCUUGAUCAAUGCUGCGCUGGUCUUUUGUUCCUGUCAAUUAUUUACAGCCACAAAUAUAAAAUAUAAAGUUCAAAAGUACCAAAGUUAUUGUUGUAGCAAUGAUUGCAUCAUGUGUUUAGAGGUGGAGGUUUCAUCACAUUAAAACAGAGUUUAACGAAUGAUUCGUCUAAUGACCAGGUUGCAUCAUGUGUUUUUGCUGAAGCUUGUUAGCUGUUCACACCUCUGAUUGCAGUCACGUCUCCAUGAGACACUGAGGUCGGCAGGUGUGAACAGUCCACAGUCAUCACCAACAGCUAAUGGGCCACUCAGCACCCAGAGGAAAAUAUUUGUUGUGGAGAUGCUCACAGCCACAACACAACAGUUGAAACUCUGAGGUGUCAUUUAUACAGGGAAUAACAAGUGGGGGAAAGUAACUAAGCAGAUCCACAAGUUUCCAAACAAAACAAAACAAAGAAAAGAGAAAGUAUAUGGCUAGACUAUGAAUGGGUGAGUGAAACUAUGAAAUCCGACUGCAUGACCAGAGUGCUGAAAAUAAAAUAGACACAAUGUAUGUGGCUUUUACCUGUGAACAGCUGCAGCAGUGUAGUCCAAUGAUAAUUGUCCAUGUCAGAGUAUGUCCACUACAAUUCUUGUUUCUGCCACUGACAGACUCAGAUUGUUAUUUUAUGUAUCUGACAACAUUAUGGAUAGGAUUCCUGUAAGUGUCAAAAACAACAGCGUACCUUGAUGUGGACAACUGUCCAUUUGUUUUAAAUUGUAGGAGCUGUUCGACUACAGAAGCCACAUUCAUCAUGUCUAUUUUAGGUAAUUCAUGACAAAACCAUUACUAAAUAAUAAUUAGUUUAAUUGACAUGAUAAUCUAGGGUCAGUAAACAACCCAAAAACCACUGUUAUUGUAGUAAAAAAUCUGGUGUUUUCUCACAGCCUAGGCUUCACAUUUUGAAUGGUGACUUCCUGCCAUGGGUUGAAACGUUUCAACAAUGGCAGUGUUCUUUCGCAAAGUUCUUUCCUGUGGAUGCCUCCUCCUCCUGUUGUUGUUUUUGUGUAUCGAUUUUGUCAGUUCUAUAUUAACUUAUAUGGCCUUGACCCAUGGUAAUCUUUUGUCCAGUCUGCCUACUGUUUUAUGUAAUUUUUUCACCCAAAAUGCUCAAAUAGACACACAUUCCCCAAAAUUCACGCCAGCUGCCUCCAAGAGGGUUAAAGCAGUCCAUAAGCACUAUUGGACUUUUUGUUCUGUCGCAAGGUCAACGGAUACUCACGAUAUAAGACCCAUCUGAAGACAAAAGUUCAAAUCUCAAACUGUGCCAACCAUCAGACCAUCAAUACGCUCCCACAUCCUUGGUGGCAGUUUGAAUUGGGGGUGGGGUGGCCAGGGUUCAUCCUGGAUAGAGUGGUCUCCUUAGUUUCUCUUGGGAAGCGGUAACUUCCUGCCAUGAUAUGCUGUCCAUUGGCAGUGCCUUAUACUGUCAGUCCAGGAUAUUGCACUAUUGCACCAGCGAGAAGUCUGGAAUUUGAUUAUAUAUACCAAAUUUGAAGCAGAUCAGAGGAAGAUUUUUGGCAAAAUCUGAAUCUUGUGCUUUGGAUUGACAUAAUGGCAAAAAAUUAAAGGUGCACCAAUCAUCUUGACUUUCACUGGAGUGGAUGCUCUUACCUUAAAUCAUUUUCAAAAUGUUGCCCUGUUCACUCUAAAUACUCUGGGCACUACCACAAGGUAUUUGAAGUGGACAACCUCUUAAAGCAUUGAAACCUGCCAUCCAAUGGCAAUACCCUGUGGUUAGGUAAAGGUAAGAGCAGUUGACAAGGACACUAUCCAGUGGCAAUAUUCUGGAUGGUUGGGGUCUUAUCAUUGUACAGGGCAUCCAGUAGCAAUACCCAGGAUGUCCCUGAGAACGAAGCCAUCUGGUGGAGUUGCUGGAGGCGUUGCACAGCAGGUGCAAUGCCAGAGACCUAGUACCCUGCCAGUUGAAAGAUCGCAAGAUCUAGUUUAUUUAGGGCCUGGAAAUUCGCUCUGAGUAAUUCACUGCCAUUCAUAGGUAUUUACAUUGGAUGGUUGAUCAGUUAUGGGGGAACAGGAUGUAGUGAUAGUAAAAAGCUCCCAUAUAAUGCUUACAUUCUAUGGACACAGUUUGAAUAAAAAACAUCAGUCUAGGCUGAACGGGGGAUGGACAUGGAGAGAAAAAAUGACUUAGUCUUAGACAGUGUGGGGUGGUAGGAUGACACAUGACAGGAACUUGGUGAAUUAAGACUUUGAUUUGUAGAGAGAGGAGAUAAGAGCUGUACACAGACAGAGCUGUGGUCAUACAGCUGUCAGAGCUCAGCAGCUUCUCCUCUCUGAUGAUGGAAGAAGAUGAACUCUGCUUCCCACAGCUCCUCAACACCUCCUGUAGGAGGCCGAAGCCUCCUCACUCUGGGGCAGUGCUCCUUUAUACCUUGUUGUUCUUCAUCUCUGUGCUCACUGCUGCUCUAAACCUGCUGGUCAUUAUCUCCAUCUCCCACUACAGGUAGAUAGAAACCUCUCAACUGGCUUAGAUUUUACUGUUACACUGUCCUGAAAAUAUUUUGGAAAAAUGCUAAUUUCGGGACCAUGUGUCGUAUGUGAGCUUUUGUGAAGAUGUGAAAAACAGUUCCUUUAAAUGUAGAAAAGAGUUUUUGAGUACUUCAGGAUGUCAGUAUUUCUCUGUUUUUUCUACACAUCCACAGAUGUCGGUUCUUCCAGCAGAGAUUUUACAGAAGUUCACAUAAAACUCUCAGUCUUAUGAACCUGAUCUGAGUCCAUAGCAGUGACUUCAGCCUCCCUGUUACUCUGAUAUUCUGUGGUUUUGAGUUUUUCUUCUUCUCUUCUUGAUAAUAUUGUUGAUGUGUUGUGGUUUCAGGCAGCUCCACUCCCCCACCAACCUCAUCCUCCUCUCUCUGGCGGUCUCAGACUUCUUCGUGGGCCUCUUGCUGAUCCCAGCUGAGACCCUUAAGACAGGGACCUGCUGGGUCCUGGGUGACCACAUGUGUGCUCUGUAUUUUCUCCUACCUUUCAUCCUUAUUACUGCCUCUGUGGUAAACAUGGUGCUCAUAUCAGUUGACCGUUAUGUGGCUAUUUGUGACCCCAUGCAUUACUCCACCAGGAUCACUGAUAAAGUCAUUAACGUUUCUGUUUGUCUGUGUUGGAUAUUUUCUGUUAUCUACAGUAUUUUUCUUCUAUUUAAUCACCUGAAACAACCAGGCCGGUAUAAUUCCUGCUAUGGAGAGUGUCUGGUUAACUUUGCAGGAGAUGUGGACCUCGUUGUUGCCUUCAUCAUUCCUAUUACAGUCAUUGUAGCUCUGUAUAUGAGAGUGUUUGUGGUGGCAGUGUCUCAGACUCGUGCCAUGCGCUCUCAUGUUAAAACCGUCACAGUCCAGUAAUACAGUGACUCUGAUCGAAAGAAGUCUGAGCUGAAAGCAGCCAGGACUCUUGGUGUUGUUGUAGCUGUGUUUCUGAUUUGCUACUCUCCAUACUAUUGUCUCACACUCACAGGCGGCAGCAUCUUGGUUGGUUCUCCAAUUGAGGCCUUUAUGAGCUUUCUGCUGUAUUUUAACUCCUGUCUGAACCCUGUCAUCUACGCCUUCUUCUACCCCUGGUUUAGAAAAGCUGUAAAACACAUUGUCACUCUUCAGAUUCUGCAGCCUGGCUCCUGUGAUGCAAACGUACUGUAGAGACACUGUGCUGGAUUUUCUUUUUGAUAAUUAAACUUGAACUGACACCAACAACCGUAAUAUGCAUUUGUCAAGAGAAAAUCAAAAUCUAUAUAGUCAAGUCAAACACUUGAGUAUCCAUAGUGACACAUACUCUGAGUGCUGAUAGAGAACAUUACAUGUUUACAUACAGGAGAAAUU